AUAAGGCGAAAACUAGAGAUUAAGAAGAUAUAAUUAGUCAUAAAUAAUGGAGAAUAAAGAGUUUUCAAUGUUUUAUGGUACAAUAUUGGUUAUUCCGGUUGUAUCAAUUGGUAAUGUACCUCAACUUGCGGUGGAUCUUCUUGUACAUUCAGCAGGCCUUUCAAGAAAAGCUAUACUUGAUAAUUCAUUACUUUAUCCUUUUGCGGGACCUAGAGAAGAUGCAGGUGCGCCAUGUUAUGGUGGAAUUGCGACAGCUUUGGAUGUUUUUGGUGAUGAUAAGAUCACGGUUAUUCAACAGAGAUCACCUAUAUUACCAGGAGAAAAAAGAAGUUUUGUUGAAAAAGUUUUAUUGCCUUUUAUUAAGAAAGGACAAUUUUGUGAAGUUAUUGUAUUAGGGUCUACUGAUGCAUGUAGAAGAAAUGAUGCAGAAAUAGAAGGACCUAAGGAGUUUAUUUUGUCGACACUUCAAACUGUUUCGGGAUUGUCAGAGUAUUUUUCUACACUUAAACUAAUAUCAGGAUCAAAGAAAGUUUUUCCAAAAUUAUUUUCAUCUGGUGCACUUAUUCCAUUGCUGGAAUAUGCUCUAAGUCAAAAUGUUUCAAUGACUGCUUUAGUAAUGUAUGUAAUGGAAGGGGAUAAUACAGAAGAUGCUAAACGAAUGGCAAGAAUUACAGCUAAAGCAUGUAAACUUGAUGACCUUGCAGAAAAUCUGGAAUGCCCAAAAAGUUGGGAUUAUCUUUUUGGAAAGGAAUUAAAAAUUGGAUUUGAGGGAGGAAUGUUUUGGUAAUAUCUAUAUUUUUAUAUAUGCUGUGAUGCUAUAUAUUGCAUUAAAGAAUUACGUAAAACAACACCCUUACUUUCUAAAGAAAAGAUUUUGAUAUUAGCGCUUCCAUAGUUUAUUCUUGCUGUGAUCCAUCCAAAUCCUGCAAUUACAAUAUCUUUAUGUUUUUUAUGUUCAAUACUUUCUGUCAAAUUAUAAUACAAAAUUUUUGUUUCAUUAAGUGAAGUUUUAUCAUCUGUAGUCAUGUUAUUAACACUUGAAGUUGUUUUAAAAAUAUGUUCAGCUUUCUUUCUAUUUGUAAUAUGUAUUGGAAGAAAUGUAUAUGGUGUAACUAUUAAUCGAUUAUCUUUCUUCAAAGUAUCUAUAUAAUCAAUUCUAACAAUUUUUUCUAUUAUAAGACUUUGUCCUUAAAAUAUUAAUACGUUUAUUAAUUCUUUUAAUAAUUCUUAAUCUUACCAGCUUUUAUUGAAAAUGGUUUUAUUUUAGGAAAUCUCUUUU